AUGCUCGGUAUUAGUAUUGACAAAAUAAAGAAUAAAAAAAAACAGAAAGAAAAAAAAAGCAAAAAAGAAUUAAAUUUUUUAAAAGAAAACGACAAUCUGUUUUCGCUUCCAACCUCGUCUAAAACUAUAAACUUAAACAACAAAAAUGUUAGUGUAUGGAGACUAGUUAAAUUUAGGAAUAAGUGUAGGUAUGAUGACUUAAUAUUAAAAAAAUGGAAAAAGAUUGGCUAUAAAAAUGAAAAAAAAUCGUUUGAUGAGAAUGAUAUAGAGGAUGAUUAUACCUUUGAAAGAUUUAAUAAAAAAAUAAAUAUAAUAAAAUAUAAUGAUGAAUUUUAUAACAAAGAAAUACAAAAUAUGAAUUUAAAAUGGACCAAGGAAGAGACUGAUUAUCUAUUUAAUUUAUGUGAAAAAUAUGAAUGUCAUUUCAUUAUUAUACAUGAUGUAUAUGAUAAAAAAUAUAUGAGAAGCAUUGAAGAAAUAAAAGACAGAUUUUAUAGCGUAUCUAAGAAAGUUAUUGAAGAUAUAUUUGAUCAAAAAAUUAAACUAGAGGAAUCGAAAAAAAUAAAAAAUAAUAGUGAUGUACUAAAAUUAAAAGAAGGAAAGGCAAAACACCCACUAGUAAAAUUUACGUACAAUAUGGAAGCAGAUAUAGAAAGAAAAAAUUUAAUUCACAAAACAUACACAGUGUCUAAAAAAAAUAUAAUGUUAGAAGAGAUGACCAUUGAAAAUAUUAAGAAAUUUGAAAACAAAAUUAAACAUGAACUGAAAAAAGCUUCAGAUAUGAAAAAACUAAAAAAGAAAUUUGAGCUGACCAGUGAUGAAAUUGUGCCGAUCAACAAGUUACCCGAUGAUGAUAGAGAAGAUAAACACAUUUACAGCGCAAGAUAUUUUUUCCAAAAACUUAAAAUAGAUAUAUCUUAUUUUGAUAAAUUAGAUACCUAUUUAAAAGAAAACAAUAUAGAGAAACCAACAAUUUACACGGAAAAUAUUUGCUUUUUAUAUGGCGUAUUAAGAACUGAUGUGGCUAUACUGCUGAACGUGCGGAAAAAGAUUGAAAAAUUGAAACAAGAACGAGAGUACUGGAAAAAUCAAUUAAACAUUUUAGAAGAAGAAUAUUUAAAAAAAAAGAAUGAAUUAUGA